AUGAAGUCAACUAUUGGUGUUGUAUGGCUGCGCCUCUUUACCAGUGAAAUUAGAUUACUAGCUCUCUCACUUGCCUUCAUUCAUCACCCCCUUAUGGCUGAUGCUCUCCUUUCUAUCGUCUUGGAGCGCUUGGCUUCCGUUGUUGAGCAACAGAUUCGUGAUGAACUUACUCUGGUUCUGGGUGUUGAAGCAGAAAUCCAAAGCCUCACAGAUACACUCCGAUCCGUCCGAGAUGUUCUUGAGGAUGCAGAGCGCAGACAAGUGAAGGAAAAAUCCGUCCAAGGUUGGUUGGAGAGGCUGAAAGACAUGGCUUACCAAAUGGACGACGUGGUGGAUGAGUGGAGCACUGCUAUUCUCCAAUUACAGAUCCAGGGAGCUGAAAAUGCUUCCAUGUCUACGAAGAAGGUAAGCUCCUGCAUUCCCUCCCCUUGCUUUUGUCUCAAGCAAGUUGCUUCUCGUCGUGACAUUGCUCUUAAGAUUAAGAGCAUUAAACAACAACUACAUGUCAUUGCAAGUGAAAGAACCGAUUUUAAUUUUGUGUCUAGUAGGAGUGAGGAACGACUACAGCGACUUAUAACUACCUCUGCAAUUGAUAUUUCAGAGGUAUGUGGCCGGGAUAUGGAUAAAGGCACCAUAUUAGGCCAUCUUUUGGGUAAGAAUUGUCAACAGAAAUCUGGCCUCUACAUCGUCUCCAUAGUCGGGACGGGAGGCAUGGGCAAAACAACUCUUGCUCAAUUAGCCUACAGCCAUACAGAGGUGAAGGCCCAUUUUGAUGAGAGAAUAUGGGUCUGUGUUUCUGAUCCUUUUGAGCCAAUCAGAGUUUGUAGGUCUAUUGUUGAAGCCCUCCAAAAAAAGCCUUGUAAUCUCCAUGAUUUGGAAGCUGUACAACAAGAAAUUCAAACAUGUAUUGCCGGAAAGAAAUUCCUUCUUGUGCUAGAUGAUGUGUGCACUGAAGACUAUCGAUUGUGGGAACAACUGAAGAACACUAUCAACUGCGGAGCAUCAGGGAGUAGAGUUCUGGCGACCACACGAAAUGAGAGUGUUGUUAAGAUGAUGAGGACUGCGUACAAGCAUCCAUUGGGGGAACUGUCUCCGGAGCAAUCUUGGGCAUUAUUCCAUCAAAUAGCUUUCUUUGAAAAGAGCAGGGAGAAAGUGGAAGAAUUGAAAGCAAUUGGCGAGAAAAUAGCAGACAAAUGCAAGGGCUUGCCACUCGCUAUAAAAACUUUAGGGAAUCUCAUGCGCUUAAAAAAUAACAAGGAAGACUGGGAGAAUAUAUUGAAGAGUGAAGUAUGGCAGCUAGAUGAGUUUGAGAGAGAUAUUUCCCCUGCUUUGUUGUUGAGUUAUUAUGAUCUACCCCCUGCAAUUAAACGCUGCUUCUCAUUUUGUGCUGUUUUUCCAAAAGACUCGGUUAUUGAAAUAGAUAAGUUGAUCAAGUUGUGGAUGGCACAGGACUAUCUCAACUCUAAUGCGAGUAAAGAGAUGGAGAUGGUUGGCAGAGAGUACUUUGAAUAUUUAGCUGCUCGGUCUUUCUUUCAAGAUUUUGAAAAAGAUGGUGAUGAUAAUAUAAUAAGAUCAUUUGACAUGCCUCAGGGUAUUGGAUUUGGUGCGGAAUCUUUUGAGAAAGGAAAUUCCAAAGGCACUUGA